AUGUCUCGUCAACUCAGCCCAUGUAUCUCCUCCACUCACGACAACAAUCUCAUCACAGUCGACGAUCUGCUGCCUACACUCACUUUCCUUGGUGAGCAAGUCAACGAGUUGAGAGAUGAAAUACAACGGCGCAAUGCCCUCAUCAUGGCUCUGCUGAAGUUGCUCACCGACAAGCACACCUCAGACGUGUCCUUAUCAUCGGGGGAGUCCCCUCUUACAUGUGACAAUCUAUUUGGUCUUUUCUCCGAUUUAGGAGAUGUUAAUGCAGCUGUAGAGUUCGUCACCAGAGCCAGCGGUGGCCGGGCUGGGGGUAUUAGUACUUUCGUUGGAGUCACUCGACAGGACAAAGGGAGUGAUGGAGCAGUGGAAUACUUAGUGUAUGAGGCGCAUGAAGGGAUGGCUAGGAAAAAGAUGCUGCAGAUAAUCACCACUCUAGCCGAUCAGUACCCUGUGUUAUCGGUGUAUGCAUGUCAUCGACUAGGUCGAGUUAAUGUGGGGGAGGCUAGUAUUAUCAUCACAGCUGCGAGUGCCCAUAGGAAAGCAGCUAUUGAAUUUGUUUCUGCAGCUAUUGAUGCACUGAAAGGUGAAGUGCCGGUGUGGAAGAAGGAGGUGUAUUUACCUAGUGGCUUGGUUGCUGAUGGUGCUACCGCACCAACCUUGUUGGAUAGUGAUGGACGUGUUGGAGGGAGCUGCUAA